AUCAAAAUAAAAUUGUUUUCAUUAUUUGAACAAUCUUUAAAUAAAAUUUAAGUUUUGGGCUUACCUCAAAAUUUGCAACAAUGGAAUCCACUGAAAAUCAAUCUGAAGUAAAUAGAGAUGAAUUAAUUUUACAGCAGCAACGCCAAAUAGAAAAAGAGAUAUGUGAUACAAUUCCAUUAAUUAGCGAGUUACAAUCAGUAGAUACUUUAAUUGAUGAAUACCUUGACGAUGAUAUUUACAAAUCUAAAGUUUCCGAUCUUGGCGAUAAAUACAAAUCGAUUCGCCGGACAAGACCUGAUGGUAAUUGCUUUUUUCGUGCAUUUGCAUAUGCUUAUUUGGAGUAUUUAGUAGGAAAUAAAGAAGAUUACAAUAAAUUCAGAGAACUUGCCCUUAAGUCAAAAGAAAAACUUGUUCAGCUAGGUUUUCCUCAGUUCACACUUGAAGAUUUUCAUGAAACUUUCAUGGAAGUUAUUAACAGGGUUUCACCAUCAGGAUCAGGUGACGAGAAAGAAGAAUUACACAAAGUUUUUAAUGAACAAGGAUAUUCAGAUUAUGUAGUUGUUUAUCUUAGAUUGAUCACUUCUGGACAAUUGCAGGAAGGCGCCGACUUUUAUCAAAACUUUAUUGAGGGAAACUUUACUAUAGAAGAAUUUCGUCAUCAGGAAGUUGAGCCAAUGUAUAAGGAGUCAGAUCAUAUUCAUAUUAUAGCAUUAUGUGCAGCCCUAAAUGUUGGUGUUCGUGUCGAGUAUAUGGAUCGUGGAGAUGGUGGAAAAGUCGUUGCUCAUGAUUUUCCAGAAGGUACUGACUCAAAAGUUUUUCUAUUGUACAGACCAGGACACUAUGAUAUUCUUUAUCCAAAAUGAGCAAUUACGAAAAAAUAAUUUUCGUAUUUUUUUUUCUUUUUGUAAUUAUAACGAAUUUAAAUAUUAAAUUUUCAAAUAUUAUAAUUAUAAUAAUAUUUAGGUUUAUUAAUUUAAAUAAUUCAAAAAUUCUUGAUUUUAUAAGUUCAGAAUGGGAAUAUUUUGUAAUAAAAUAAAUGUUUAAAUGAAAAUAUUAUACCAUAAUUUUG